CGAUAAACCCGAAUAUGAUAUUUAAAUUACGGGUUGCCAUUAAAAAAAAUAUAAGUUUUAUUGCGCAUGCGAAAGAUACAUGAGUUAAAAACAUUGAAAAAUGAGUAAACAAGGAAGUGAAAAGAAAAAAGAGAUAAAUUCUAAAGAUGACAAAAAAACAAAAAAGCAGACACCAACAACAAUAAAGACACGGAAGGAAGGUAAAAAGUCGAGGAACUUGGUGGAUGUGUUCAAUGAAUGUGCUAUGGACAAUGCUUACCACACAUGUCACAAUGUACAAGAUCUGCUGAAGUGCCGAGGCUUUCCAUGGCCACAGGCGCAAAAGAAGAAGAAAAAGAAAGGUGCCAAAAAAGGGAAAUGAGAAUAAAAAUGGAUCGGUAUAAAUGCAAUAGAAAUAUGUUAUUGACUUUUUGUAAUAAAAAAAUAUACAUUACAUUUAUGUUUACAUGUUUACAUAUCACUUUUCCUAAAAAAAAAAAAAAAAUAGUAAUAAUAAUAAAAAUAUACACUGUGACAAAAGUAUGACUUUAAAUCAUCUUGUACAAUACACAUGAGUAAUAUAAUACAAUAUGAAUUCAAUAUUACUUAUAAAUAAUAAUAAUAAAAAAAAACACUAAGCAGAUCUGUAAUAAA